CGUCCUCCUCCUCGUCCUCCUCCUCCGUCUUCUCUAAGUUGGUGUCAAAGUGUUUGCUCCCCGACGGUCGGACGGUGUGUGUCGGCGACAUUGUUUGGGCAAAGAUCUACGGUUUCCCCUGGUGGCCGGCGCGCGUUCUCGGCAUCACGGUGUCGCGGCGUGGCGACACGGGGCUGGCGGUGCGGCAGGAGGCGCGCGUCUCCUGGUUCGGCUCGCCCACCACCUCCUUCCUGCCGCUCACCCAGCUGUCGCCCUUCCUCGAGAGCUUCCAGUCCCGCUUCGACAGGAAGAGGAAGGGGCCGUACCGCCGCGCCAUCGCCGAGGCCGCCAGCGCCGCCAAACAGCUGACGCCUGAAGUCCGGGCGCUGCUCACGCAGUUCGAGACGUAGCAUCAGCUGCCAACACCCUCCCACCCCCUCCACUUGUGCCACGCCCCCUCCAGUUCUGCCCGCCUAUGGGACAGGAAGUGGGAGGAGCUUGUCCCUCCUCCUCUUCCUCAGACUGACACCGGUCUGUCUGUCAGAGACUGAGGCAGACAGGCGGCCAUGUUUCUGUUUCCUGUUCUUCCUGUUUGGGGGAGGGGGUGGAGCUUCUGAGUUACCUGUCAGUGUUCAGGAGAGCCGUGGGCGGGGCUUAUCUCCUCAGUUUCAGGCAGGUGUCAGUCAGCCGCAGCGUUUCCCCUCGCCUCGCCGUCACAGCGUUAAAGGGUCACUUCCUGCGUUGACACAGAAAAUAAUUAAUGAUGAUGAUGUCAUAGUGAUGUCACUAUGUAGCUGUAAUGAGAGACACUAUCCAGAUGCAUUAUGGGAGAUGUGUUGUUAAUCUGAGAUCACUGAAGGGUCCCUGAGAAUCUGAUUGGCUGACUGCGUCAUGAUGAUGUCAUAACGUUCAUCAAUAAUAUAAAAAAACACUAAGCUAGCUACUUAUUAUGUUCCAUUGAUUACAUUGAUUGAUAAAAUAUCAGACCUCAAUCGAACGUGUUUGACCUCAUCAGGGCGGCGGCGCCAUGGAACGCUGACGUGUCACUUCCUGUUGGUUCUCCUGGUUCCUCCAGGUUCUGCUGAGGAACCGAAAACUUUUAUUUUCUUUGUUUCCGUUCAGAAAGAUUCAAACUGUGAAACACAAAGUGUUGUUCAAACUGAGGCCAGGGCCCCAAACAGGGUCCAGAACUGAGUGACAGCGGUCUGAAGGUUCUGAUCAUGUGAUCAAUAAUCAAACAUCAUGAGUACAUUAUAGAAACAACUUGUAUAACAUUAGAAGCCCUCUGAUUGGAUCCUGGAUCCUGUCACACAGCUGUUUGAUCAGUCAGAAUCUGAUCAGUCGUAUUGAUCCAGUUAAUGAGCGAUUGUCAGCGCAGACGAUGUCCCACUCGUUGUGUGUUUGAGACCCCGCAGCCUCAGGUGAUCAACAGUAGACUGACAGACGGACAGGUAGGACAGGUAGGACAGGUAGGACACACUGACUGUUAGACAGGACAGCUGCUCUGCUCUCUGAUGAUGAUGAUGAUGAUGAUGAUGAUGAAGGUGGAUUUUCCCUCUUUUUACCGUCUGUUUGCAGAUCAGAGAUCUGUGAGAGUCGACCUGUGUACUUGUUCUUUUCUCAUGUUUUAAAUCUAUUAAAAAACUGUCAAACUUCUCUCUGA